AUGGACAGAUUUCAUGCUGUUAAGCUGCUUGACAUGUGUAUAGAGAACUGUGGCCCGAGGUUCCAGUCUUUAGUUGUGAAGAAAGAUUUCUGUAAAGACAAGCUGGUGAAGCUGCUGAAUCCAAGAUACAAUCUGCCGAUUGACAUGCAGGAGAAAAUCUUGACCUUUAUCAUGACGUGGGCCCGAGGCUUCCAAGGAAUGGUGGAUGUGAGCGAAGUAAAAGAAGUUUAUCUAGAAUUGCUGAAGAAAGGAGUGGAGUUUCCAUCUUCUGACGCCAGCAGAGGGGGACCUAAGACUUCAUCUCAGCCUUCUGCAAGGUCAUCACCAUCUUCUGCUAAUCCUGCGAAGCGUUCUUCACUGCCUCUGCCCACAGGCCCAACAUUGUUGUUGACUCCUGAGCAGGUUGGGAAACUGUACAGUGAGCUCGAUAUGGCAAAAAUGAAUGUGAGAGUCAUGUCAUCAAUAUUAAAAGAAAAUGUUCCUGGCUCUGAAAAUCCGGAUGAUAUGAAUCUUUUACAGAAACUGUACAAGACCUGUCGGAUGAUGCAGGAGAGGAUCAUGGAAUUGUUGGUGACAGUGGAGAAUGAAGAUGUGAUAGUUGAGUUAAUACAAGUAAAUGAAGAUCUGAAUAAUGUCCUCCUGGGACAUGAAAGGUUCUCUCGAAACAGAGUUCGUUUUUUGGAGAAUCAGAGAAUACAACGUGAACGCACAGAGCUGUACAGGAAACAGCCAUCUGCUCCUUCAAGUGACCUACUUGACCUCUCUGUAGAUUCUCCAUCUCCCGUGUCAACAGUGGUGCAAACUGACUCUGCAGUGUCGCCUUCAGGCCUUAAUUGCAUAUCUGUACACCCUGAAGAUAAAAAGAGGCAUCAUCCAUCCAUUUAUCCACAGCUGGAUUUAGUAACUACUACAAAAGCUCAGCAAUUCCUAUUUGCCACUGAAGCGCAAAACAACGGUGUGAGCAGCCCAGCUGGACAUUCGUACAGCAAUUUGGCAACUCUUUUGAGCCCAGUGCCUCUGAAUCCAGUAAAUCUGCAGACUGGACCUACGACGUCAUUAAACAGACCGUCACCAGCAGCUGCAUCAAAGAACAAGUCACAGUCGCCUCGUUACUAUGAGAUAAUGGAAUUUGAUCCCUUGGCUCCCACUGAAGCUGUUUAUGAAGACAUUGAUGGCGUGCUGAAGACAGCUGAUAAAAAGAAUACAGAAUGUUGA